GGAGGGGGCGCUGGGGACCCCCCCCUCGCUAUGGGGCUGUGGCUGCUGUGGCUGUGGGUGCAGAUGGGGUGCGCUGAGGAGGAGACGCUGCUGAACACGAGGCUGGAGACAACGGAUCUGAAGUGGACGGUGUACCCAGAGGGGGAGGGGCAGUGGGAGGAGGUUUCGGCGCUGGACCCGGAGCGCGGCUCCUCCGUGCGCACGUUCGAGGUGUGCUCGGUGCUGGGGCCCCCCGGCCCCCCCCAGAACAGUUGGCUCCGCUCCCAGUGGGUCCCGCGCCGUGGGGCCACCCACGUCUACCUGGAGCUGCGCUACAGCGUCCUGGCCUGCGACGGGCUCCCCCGGCACCGGCACCGGCACCGCCGCGGCACCGCCAGCAGCACCACCGAUGCGCAUGGUAACGGCCAUAGCAACCGGCCUAGCAACCGGGAUGCUCUUGGUAACGGCCAUAGCAACCCCCCUAGCAACCGGGAUGCUCCUCGUAACGGCCAUAGGAACUGGGAUGCUCUUGGUAACGGCCAUAGCAACCCCCCUAGCAACCGGGAUGCUCUUGGUAACGGCCAUAGCAACCCGCCUAGCAACCGGGAUGCUCUUGGUAACGGCCAUAGCAACCUGCCUAGCAACCGGGAUGCGCUUGGUAACGGCCAUAGCAACCCGCCUAGCAACCGGGAUGCUCUUGGUAACGGCCAUAGCAACCUGCCUAGCAACCGGGAUGCUUGCAACCUGCCUAGCAACCGGGAUGCUCUUGGUAACGGCCAUAGCAACCCGCCUAGCAACCGGGAUGCUCUUGGUAACGGCCAUAGCAACCUGCCUAGCAACCGGGAUGCUCUUGGUAACGGCCAUAGCAACCUGCCUAGCAACCGGGAUGCUCUUGGUAACGGCCAUAGCAACCUGCCUAGCAACCGGGAUGCUCUUGGUAACGGCCAUAGCAACCCGCCUAGCAACCGGGAUGCCCUUGGUAACGGCCAUAGCAACCUGCCUAGCAACCGGGAUGCUCUUGGUAACGGCCAUAGCAACCUGCCUAGCAACCGGGAUGCUCUUGGUAACGGCCAUAGCAACCCGCCUAGCAACCGGGAUGCGCUUGGUAACGGCCAUAGCAACCUGCCUAGCAACCGGGAUGCUCUUGGUAACGGCCAUAGCAACCUGCCUAGCAACCGGGAUGCUCUUGGUAACGGCCAUAGCAACCUGCCUAGCAACCGGGAUGCUCUUGGUAACGGCCAUAGCAACCUGCCUAGCAACCGGGAUGCUCUUGGUAACGGCCAUAGCAACCAGCCUAGCAACCGGGAUGCGCUUGGUAACGGCCAUAGCAACCCGCCUAGCAACCGGGAUGCUCUUGGUAACAGCCAUAGCAACCCCCCUAGCAACCGGGAUGCGCUUGGUAACGGCCAUAGCAACCUGCCUAGCAACCGGGAUGCUCUUGGUAACGGCCAUAGCAACCUGCCUAGCAACCGGGAUGCUCUUGGUAACGGCCAUAGCAACCGGGAUGCUCUUGGUAACGGCCAUAGCAACCUGCCUAGCAACCGGGAUGCUCCUGGUAACGGCCAUAGCAACCGGGAUGCUCCUGGUAACGGCCAUAGCAACCGGGAUGCUCUUGGUAAUGGCAAGGCAAGCGAGGCAGCAAUGGAGAUGGGUCUUGGUACCCAUGGCAGCAUGGCUGGAUACCACAAUCGCCAUGACAACCAUGACACCCAUAGCAACUACGCUGGAUACCGUGAUGCUCAUAGCAACGAUGAUGCCCAUAGCAACGCCAUUGACAGCCCUGGUCUCCAUGCCAACCAUGAUGCUCAUAGCAGCUAUCCUGGAUACCAUGAUACCCUUAGCAACGAUGAUGCCCAUAGCAACGCCAUUGACCUCCACCGUCUCCAUGCCAACCACGAUGCCCAUAGCAACGACGAUGCCCAUAGCAACACCAUUGACCUCCACGGUCUCCAUGGCAACCACGAUGCUCAUAGUAACGAUGAUGCUCAUAGCAACAGCAUUGACAUCCACGGUCUCCAUGGCAACCACGAUGCCCUUAGCAACGACGACGCCCAUAGCAACGGUGAUGUCCAUAGCAACGCUUCUGGGUACCACGAUCCCCUUAGCAACGAUGAUGCCCAUAGCAACACCAUUGACAUCCACGGUCUCCAUGGCAACCACGAUGCCCUUAGCAACGCUUCUGGGCACCACGAUGCCCUUAGCAACGACGAUGCCCAUAGCACCGCCAAUGACAUCCACGGUCUCCAUGGCAACGACGAUGCCCUUAGCACCACCAAUGACAUCCACGGUCUCCAUGGCAACGACGAUGCCCAUAGCACCACCAAUGACAUCCACGGUCUCCAUGGCAACGACGAUGCCCUUAGCACCACCAAUGACAUCCACGGUCUCCAUGGCAACGACGAUGCCCAUAGCAACACCAAUGACAUCCACGGUCUCCAUGGCAACGACGAUGCCCAUAGCAACACCAAUGACAUCCACGGUCUCCAUGGCAACGACGAUGCCCAUAUCACCCCCCCCAACUCCUCCCUAUCCCCCCCCCACCGCCACCCCCGCGCCGCCCCCUUCCCCCCCCGCCCCUGCAAGGAAACCUUCACCGUGUUCUACCACGAGAGCGACGCCGACACCGCCACGGCUCUGUCCCCGCCGUGGAUGGAGAACCCCUACGUGAAGGUGGGCACGGUGGCGGCCGAGCACCUGAGCCGGGCCGGAUGGCGGCGCACCGGUGUUACCGGUGUCACCGGUGUUACUGGUGUUACUGGUGUUACUGGUGUCACUGGUGUCAGUGGGGGCGUGAACCGGCGCACGCUGCGCCUGGGCCCCCUGAGCCGCGCCGGUCUCUACGUGGCCUUCCAGGACGCCGGCGCCUGCCUGGCGCUGCUCUCGGUUCGCCUCUUCCUGCGCCGCUGCCCGGAAGUGACCUCGCUCCGCGCCCGCUUCCCCCCCACCCUCCCCCGCGAGCUGGUGGCGCCGGUGCCGGGGCGCUGCGUGCCGGGGGCCGUGGUGGCGGGGGGGGGAGGGGCGAUGCCCCUCAUGUACUGCCGCGAGGACGGGAGGUGGGCGGAGCCCCCCGCGCAGGGCUGCGAGUGCGGGGCUGGCAACGAGGAGGAUGGAGGGGAAGGGUGCAGGGCCUGCCCCCCCGGCAGCUUCAAGGCGGAGGUGGGGGAGGGGCGGUGCCAGCCCUGCCCCCCCGGGAGCCAGGCCCCAACCCCCGGUGCCGCCGCCUGCGCCUGCAGCCCCGGGCACUUCCGGGCCCCCGGGGAGGGCCCCGAGCUCCGCUGCUCCGCUCCCCCCUCGGCCCCACGUGGUCUCCAGGCCCUCCUCAACGGCUCCGUGGCGCGGCUGCUCUGGGCGCGCCCCCGCGUCGGGGCCGAGCGCGCGGACCUCUCCUUCUCGGUCACGUGCCGGCAGUGCCCGGCGCGGGAGGGGGCGGGGCCGUGCGCGCCCUGCUCCGGCCUCAGCUUCAGCCCCGGGGCCGCCGCCGUGCGCGCCCCCGCGGUCACCGUCAGCGGCCUCCGCGCGCGCCUCCGCUACAGCUUCCGGGUCACCGCCACCAGCGGCGUGAGCGCGCUCAGCCCCGUCCCCGCCGCCAGCGCCGACGUCAACGUCACGUGCUGCGGGGAGGUGCCGUUACCGGUGGUGGACGUGGUGCGGGUCGGGGCCUCCCCCACCGGGGUGACGCUGUCAUGGCCGGCACCCCCCCCUCCCCCCCCGGGGGGGCACGUCCUGGACUAUGAGGUCAAAUACUAUGAGAAGGUGGGGGGGGGCGAGGGCCCCCCCAUGUUCCUUAAGGUGCCGUCGGCGCGGGUGGAGCUGGGGGGGCUGCGCCGGGGGGGGCUCUAUGGGGUGCGGGUGCGAGCCCGCUCCGAGGCCGGGUACGGGGACUUCGGGCCUGAGACGGCCGUGAGCCCCCAGGGCACCGAGGGGGCCCGCUCGGAGCAGGGGGGGAUCAUGGCCGGAGCCGCGGCUCUUGGGGGGCUCCUGGUGCUGGCGCUGCUGGGGGGGACCCUGCUCUGCCUCAGGCGCCGCAGCCUCCGGCACAAGGAGGAAAUGGAAGAGCCCUCGGAGCACGGGGGGAAGCUCUACAUUGACCCCCUGACGUACGAGGACCCGGGGCUGGCGCUCAGGGACUUUGCUCAGGAGAUCGAUGUCACCUGCGUCAAGAUCGAGGAGGUCAUCGGGGCAGGCGAGUUCGGGGAGGUUUGCCGGGGCCGCCUGGCGCUGCCGGGGCUCCCCGAGGUGCCGGUGGCCGUGAAGACCCUGAAGGGGGGCGCGGGGGAGCGCCAGCGCCGGGAGUUCCUGGCGGAGGCGGCGCGGAUGGGGCAGUUCCGGCACCCCAAUGUGGUGCUGCUGCGGGGGGUGGUGACAGCCAGCACCCCAAGCAUGAUCCUCAGCGAGUACAUGGAGAAUGGGGCCCUGGAUGCGUUCCUUAGGGGCCGGCAGGGGGCGCUGGGCACGCUGCAGCUGCUGGCCAUGCUCCGCGGGGUGGCGGCCGGGAUGCGGUACCUGGCGCUGUGCGGGUUCGUGCACCGGGACCUGGCCGCCCGCAAUGUGCUGGUGGACGCGCAGCUCGUCUGCAAGGUCUCAGACUUCGGGCUCUCGCGGGCCCUGCGCCCCGAGGCCUGCGCGGACCCCACCUACACCAGCUCCAUGGGAGGGAAGAUCCCGAUCCGAUGGACGGCCCCGGAGGCCAUCGCCUCCCGGAAGUUCACGUCCGCCAGCGACGCCUGGAGCUACGGCAUCGUCAUGUGGGAGGUGAUGUCCUUCGGGGAGCGGCCCUACUGGGACAUGUGCAACCAGGACGUGAUCCGCGCCAUCGAGCACGGGUACCGGUUACCGCGGCCGCCGCGCUGCCCCCCCCCCCUGCACCGCCUCAUGCUCCAGUGCUGGCGCCGGGACCCCCGCGCCCGCCCCCGCUUCCCUGCGCUCCUCAGCGCCCUCGACCGCCUCAUCCGGCACCCGCCGGCGCUGCACGGCCCACACCGGUACCGGGGCUAG